GGGCUGCGCGAAGGAACAAGAUGGCGGCCGAGCAGGUGAGGGGAGGUUGCGAAGCGCAGGGAGAGGAACGAGUAGGGGAACUGAGGAAGGAGAGGGCAGCGUUGAGUAGUUCAAAUGGUCCUGUCCGUUGCUCCAUGCACGAGAAAGCAGUUGACCGAAGAAAUGUAAAUAAGGAGCACAACAGCAACUUCAAGGCUGGAUAUGUUCCCAUUGAUGAAGAAAGACUGCACAGGACAGGGUUACGGGGUCGUAAGGGUAAUCUGGCAAUUUGUGUAAUUGUCCUUAUGUUUAUCCUGGCAGUGAUUAAUUUAAUUAUUACACUUGUUAUCUGGGCUGUAAUUCGAAUUGGCCCCAAUGGCUGUGAUAGUAUGGAAUUCCACGAAGAGGGCUUGUUACGAUUCAAACAGGAGUCUGACAUGGGAGUUGUAUAUCCAAUGCACAAGAGCACAGUGGGAGGAAGAAGAGAUGAAGACUUGUUGAUCACUGGCAACAAUCAACCAGUGGUGUUUCAGCAGGGAACAACCAGACUUAGUGUAGAGAAGGACAAAACCUCCAUAACGAGUGAUAUUGGCAUGUCUUUUGUUGAUCCCCGGACCCAGAAAACUGUCUUCAGCACUGACUAUGAUACUCAUGAAUUUCAUUUGCCCAAAGGUGUGAAGACACUAAAUGUAUUGAAGGCAUCCACAGAAAGGAUAACAAGCAAUCAUACCACCGAUCUCCAUAUUCAUUCUGGUGGCCGUGUGAUUGUGCGUGGAAAUGAAGGAGUCUUUAUCAUGGGCAAAACCAUUGAAUUCCGAAUGAAGGAUAAUAUGGAACUCAAGGCAGUAAACAGUAUUAUUCUUAAUGGGACUGUGAUGAUCAACACCUCACGGCUUCCAAAUUCAUCAAAUGGAGAGUUCCUUAUGGAUGAUGGCUGGGAACGCUACAAACUCUGCAUGUGUGCAGAUGGAACACUGUUCCGCAUCCAGGUGAAAAGCAGAAAUACAGGCUGCCAAACAUCUGAUAACCCCUGUGGAAUUGUGCUAUAAGGAUUACAGUCUACAAGUGGUGCACUAUUGUAAUGUUUCAAAUGAAAGAGAUCAGUUUAAUGCAGAACAAUCGCCACUAACUGCUCCCUGAUAACACUGUCUUUUGUGAAUAGUGACAGGUAAAUGUUCCACUAAAAAAGUCAGCUGUUAUUUUUCAGCAGAAUGGCACUUUGUACCAAGAAAUAAACUAAAGAGUAAGCCAUUUCUAUUCCUACUCCAGUCCUAUAGAACUGGCCAACAAGACUUUUCAAUGAUUUUAAAAAGAAUCACUGUUAGUCAGGAGCUUAAAUGUUAUUAAUAACAAUGUUUAGUUUUCCAGAUCAGACUUCAAUUCAAGUUCAGCAAUAUACAUUAAAGUGAAUGUAGAAAAUGAGUGAAACAAUUUAUAUUGAUUUAAAAAAAAUAGAAACAAAUGUCAUCAAAGCUGGCCUAUACAAUUCCUGUUGAAAACUUGGCAUUUUAUUUGUAUGUGUUAAAUUGUCACAAAGUAGUACAAAUCAAAAUCUGUUGGUAAAAUGGUUAUUUCAGAGAACCUCAUUAUAUACAAAUUCCGCAGGAAUAGUUUAUCCAAUCUAACUUUGCCAUGCUCAGAUUUGCUUUACCAACUUUGGUUUGGAGAACAAUUUUAAGAUUGCUGCAAGUGUCAAACUACAAUAUUUAGAGUUGCCUUUGAGUUUUGGCCAGUGAUAUGUGAACUUGUUAAGUUAUUCAGAUUAAUUCUAAUGAAUAAAUACUUGUAAGAUAGGAGCCCUGGAGCACAGUUCUUUUUGGCUCUAAGCAGGCAGGGGAAUAUCCCAUAUCAUAAGAGACAUUUUUCUAUUUUCCAAAUUACAUAAGAGGUAUCUUAUUAAGAUGUAUAAAGAAGACAUACUUUUGUAUAAACAACCGAAACAAAAUGUAUGAUAGUACAGUCACUUAAAGAAUAAGAUCUAAUUGUUACUUGCUAAAGGGUACAAAGUCAGGCAUUGCUUGAUCCUUACUCUGUUUAAGCCUCUAUGCUGCUGAGUGAUAAUUUCCCCAUUGGUUUUGGCCAAUGCAUAAAAUUGGAUGGUUAAAAUACUCCAAACCAAUGAGAUUAGUUUAACAAAACUGGACCUGCAUGCUUUUCACAACUCUUUUUUUGUAACUGCAGUAACUCGAUUUAAUUAUACUGUACCGCAGUUUUUCCAGUAAGAUCUGUCACCAGAUAUCCAACUGUGGCAAAUAUUUGCUACGAACAAAAACACUUAAUUAUUUUUACUUGUUUAAAAAUUAAUAAUAGAAAUGUUUUAUUUUGUGCUUCUUGUUUAUCAUAUGACAGUAUUAAGUAGAUUAUUGGUUUAAAAUCAUUCUUAUUCAGUAUUAUGUAUCAACAAAAUGUAAAGCAUAUUGAGAUAUGAUAAUAUAGCUUCUUUGGUGUUCUCAUUUGGGCUGCUUUUUGAGUAUGAGCUAUUUGGAAAACUAAAGGACGGAAUAGAUUUAAUUAUUGACAUUAAGUGCUGUUAAAUAUCUCCUGGUUCUGACAUAUAGUUUAUUACAGCUCAAUUAAUCAAAAGUUUGAUCCAGUUACUAAAUUUAUUUUGGAUAGCUUUUAGUUUUGCAAUAAUAAUGUAAUAUCAUUUGGCUUAUUUAUUAGUUUUUUUUAAAAGAAGUCUAUAUAAUGCAUGACAUUGAAUUUUCAGUUUUAAAAAUGAAGGAAAUGAUGAAUAAGUCCAAACUUCUAAUGGAACUAAUUCAUAUCAGCUGACCUUGUGGCUGUGUGUGGUCAAUUUUGGAAAAAUCAUUUACUACUUCUAUAAAAUGUUUCAAUAAUGACUAAAUAUUAGAGGGUAUAUAUAUUUCAAUUUUAAUUUUUAAAACAGGUCCGUAUACACUUCUAACCCACAUCGAGUAUGGCUUAAGGUGCUCUGCUUUUUUUUCUCAGUAAAAGAACCAACCCUCCACCAUCCUCCUCCAUCUAGCAGAACUGGUCCUCACCUUCGCAACACACAAAAUGCUGGAGGAACCCAGUAGGCCAGGCAGCAUUUUGUGUGUGUUGCUCAGAUUUCCAGCAUCUGCAGAUUUUCUCUUGCUUUUGGUCCUCACCCUCCACAGUUUUUCCUUCAGCUCCCAGACAAUUAGGGGUGGACAUGGGCUCCAGCUAGGCUUGCCUUUUCAUUGGCUACGUAGAACAGUCCAUGCUGCAAUGCUCCCUAACUCUCUCUCUCUGUUAUGUUGACGACUGCAUUGGUGUUGCUUCAUGCACCCAUGUCGAGCUUGACAAUUUCACCAACCCUGCCUCCACUUUCGACCCUCCCUCUGAAUUCACUUGGUUCAUUUUCUGACACUUCCCUUUUCUCAAUUUUCCUGGAGACAAACUGUCAACCAAUGUCUUUUAUAAACCUAUCAAUUCCUACAUUUAUCUUAACUAUACUUUUUCCCACCCAGUUUCUUGUAAAAAUGCUUUUCUCUUUUCUCAGUUCCUUUGUCUUAGCUGCAUCUGUUCUGAAAAUGUAGCUUUCCUUUCCAGGACAUCAGAGAUGUCCUCCUCCUUCAAAGAAUGGGAUUUCCCUUUUUCUACCAUUGAUGCUGCCCUCACCCACAUCUCCAUUUCCCAAACAUCUGCGAUCACCCUACCUACACCCCUUGAGCCUCCACGUUCAAUACAUUCUCCAUAACUUUUACCAUCUCCAAAGAGGUCCAACAACCAAACAUAUCUGAAACAUCCUCCCUCUUUCCACUUUCUGCUUGGAUCACCCAUUCUGUGAUUCACUUGUUCGUUCGUUCAUUCCUCCCUACCAAUCUCCCUCUGAGUCUAGGUUCUUAUCCAUGCAAAUGGCCAACAUGCUACAUCUAUCCAUUCAUUUCUUCCCUCACCUCCAUUCAGGACCCCAAACAGUCCUUCCAGGUGAGGCAACACUUCACCUGCAAAUCUGCUGGGGUCAUCUAUUGUGUCUGGUGCUCCCAAUGCAACCACCUGUACAUUGGUGAGACUUGUCAUAAAUCGGAGGACUGCUUUGUCGAGCGCAUCCGCUCCAUUCACCAAAAGCAGAACUUCCCAGUGGCCAGACAUUUUAAUUCUGAUUCCCAUUUGCAUUUCAACAUGUCAGUCCAUGGCCUUCUAUUGUGCCAUGAUGAGGCCAACCUCUGGUUGAAGGAGCAACGCUUUGUACUCCGUGUAGGUAGCUUCCAGCUUGAUGGCAUAAAUAUUGAUAUCUCCUUUGGGUAAAAAAAAUUUUCUUCCCUCCCCCCCCCCCCCCCCCCGCCUCCUAUUUUCCCCAAUCUUGCCCUUUAUUUCUAAAUGGCCUAUACCAUCCUUGGGUCACCUCCUUCCCUUUCUCCUGUGGUCCUCUCUCCUCUCCUCUCAGAUUUCUUCCUCUUCAACUCUUUACCUUCUCUAUUUGACUUCACAUUUCAUUGUCUAUCAUCCUUCCCGAAGAAGGGUCUUGGCCCAAAAUGUAGAUUUGUUUAUUCAUUUCCAUAGAUACUACCUGACCUACUGAAUUCUUCCAGCAUUUUGUGCAUGUUGCUUUGGAUUACCAGCAGCUGCAAAAUUUCUCAUGUUUUCAAUUUUUAAAACUAAGUAAGUUUACACUACAAUUGUAUUAAGCUUCUAAAGUCAAAGAACUGCCAUUGUAAUUACAUAAAAAUACAGUGCUGAAUAAACUCCUGUAUUUGAAGAAUUGCCUUGGUGUUUACAAGAAAUAAAAUCCCAUAUACUUGAACAUGAUUGUAUUAAAAUUUAAUUGGUUGAAACAAAAAUACAUCAGGAGAUGGGAGAUCUUGGGCAAAUCUAACUUAAAACAAUUAAAUGCACCCUUUAACUACAAGUCUAAGCAAUUUGAGUAUUGGAUGAAAAAAAUUGUAUUAAGUAAUUGUCAGUCAAGUGCAAAACUACUUGGGCCUGAAAUAUGCUGAGGUUAUUGUUGCUGAAUGAAUAGACCUCUUUUUGCAACCAGUUGUAGCCAAGAGAAACCGGUGAGCAAAUGUGUUUUUUGGAGGAAUUCUCAAUGGCAGCAUCCAUAAAUUAUAGAAUUGGAGUAUUAAACUACAAAACUACAAUUAGGAAAUAGUAGGUCAUUAAAAUGUUGCAUCUAGAAUGAAGCUAAGUUACUUUGUGAUUGGAGUACUGGUAAAUCUAGGUUUCUUUUGAACAUGUUAAGGUGUAAGAGCAGUUAUUUUAACUUCCUCUGUUUUGCAGAUCUACAGAUCAACCCCAAUAGUCCAGCCCACAUCCCCACAUAUAUGCUAGAUUUAACCACUUUUCACAUUUCACCAAUUACUAUGCAGUAUAACUCAGCGCCUAUUGCAAAAUCCAGAACUGUUCAUUCAAUAUACAAAUGCCAUUGCUCACAGUAUCGCAAGUAGCCAUUGAAAUAUUGACAUUCAAGUACUAUCAACAAGUGUUUUUUUUUCUUACUAACAUCUCUUUCAUAAUGGCACAACACAGAGAACCUUGUUAUUGAAUAGUCAAUGACAAAAUGUUGUAAAUUUCUGCAAUAAGCACAUCUGUAGUUCUGAACUUCCCAUGAUUCAGGACAUUUACAAAGACAGGUGUGAAAAAAGGGCCUGAAGGAUCAUUGGGGACCCGAGUCACCCCAACCACAAUCUAUUCCAGCUGCUACCAUCUGAGAAACAGUACCGACUGCAGCAUAAAAGCCAGGACCAACAGGCUCUGGGACAGCUUCUUCCACCAGGCCAUCAGACUGAUUAACUCAAGCUGAUCUGAGUGUAUUUCUAUGUUACAUUGACUGUUCUAUUUAAUAUAAAUUACUAUGAUUGAACAUUGCACACUUAGAGAUGUAACAAAGAUUUUUACUCAUGUAUGUGAAAGAUGUAAGAAAGAAAGUCAAUUCAAUUCAAAUGUGGUCUGAUACCUAAUAGAGCCCCAAUAAUACAUCCUUUUCCACUCAUCACCUCUUUGCUUCUUACUAAAUUCCAAUCCCCCCCCCCCACACUAACUUGGCUUUACCUAUCACCUUCUAACUUGUACUCCUUCCCCUCCACCCCACUCCACCUUCUUAUACUGCUCCUUCCCCUUAACUUUCCAGUCCUGAUAGUGUUUUGGCCCAAAACAUCAACUGUUUAUUCAUUUUUAUAGAUGCCUCACCUGCUUAGCUCCUCCGGCGUUUUUUAUGUGUUGCUCUGUAUUUCUAGCAUCUGCAGAAUCUCAUGUUAAAAAUCCAGAGCUUAUUAUCUUUUUGCUUUUGCAUUUUAAUUUAGCCCCUAUCUGCUUAAAUUUCCUCAGCAUAACCUCCUUCCUUGCCCUUUCUACAUCUUUGGUACCCACAUGGACCACAAUAACUGGAUACUUACCCAUCCACUACAAAUUCCUCUGCAGGUCAGAUGAGACACCCUGAACCCAGGCACCAGACUGGCACCACGGUCUUCAGAACUCUCAAUCCUUGUGAUAGAAAAUUGUGUCUCUUCCCGUGGUAUACUAUCCCCAAUUACAAUUCUCUUCUCUUCCCCCAUUGAAUGGCUCUCUUAACCAUGGUGCCAAGGUUUGGCUGCUCAUCCUUCCUACAGCCUUCACUCUCACUCUCAGAAGGAGCAACAAUCUUAGACCUGUUGGGCAAGCUCAAGGGUUCCUCCAGCGCUCAGCUUUCAGGUCAUCAACUUUGAGCUUGAGUUCCUCAUGCAACCAACACUUGCUGCAAGAAUUCCUCUAUUUUGAAAUACUGUAGAUUACUGAACUGAAUUGACAUCAUUUCUCACAUCCUUCAUAUGUAUGAGGUGUAAAAAUCUUUGUCUCUGAAUGUACAAUGUGCAAAUUACAGUAAUUUGUAAUAAAUAGUAUGUACAGUAAGAUAUACAACAGAAGGCAAUAUAGCUUAGAAAUAAAAUUGUGUCAGUGUGAAUUAAUCAGUCUGAUGGCCUGUUGGUCCUGGCUUUUAUGCUGCAGUGCUGCUUCUCAGAUGGUAGCAGCUGGAACAGUUUGUGAUUGGGGUGACUCGGGUCCCCAAUGAUCCUUCGGGCCCUUUUUACACACCAGUCUUUGUAAAUGUCCUGAAUAGUGUUAAGUUAUCAUCCAUAGGUGUGCUGGGCUGUCUGCACCACUCUCUGCAGAGUCCUAUGAUUGAGGGAAGUACAGUUCCCAUACCAGGCAGUGAUGCAGCCAGUCAGGUUGCUCUCAAUUGUGCCUCUGUAGAAAGUGCUUAGGAUUUGAUCAUUCAUGCUGAACUUUAUCAACCGUCUGAGGUGAAAGAGAUGCUGUUGUGCUUUCUUUUCCACCACGCAGCUGGUAUGUACAGACCAAGUGAUGUCCUUGGUAAUGUGCAUACUGAGGAAUUUAAAGCUGUUCACCCGCUCAAACCCAGAUCCAUUGAUGUCAAUAGGAGAGAGCCUGGCUCCAUUCCUCCUGUAAUACACAAUCAGCUCCUUUGUUUUUGCAACACUGAGGGAUUGUUUUCCUGAUACCCAGAAGUCAGGGUGAUGACUUCUUCUCUGUAUUAUUUGAGAUAAGGCCAAUCAAUGUAAUAUCACCUGCAAAUUUAAUGAGCAGAUUGGAGCUGUGGGUGGUGACACAGUCAUGGGUAUACAGAGAGUAAAGGAGGGGGCUUAGGACACAGCCCUGGGAGGGGGGGGUUGCUCCUGUGUUGGGGGUCAGAGGGGACAGAGAUGAGGGAACCCACUCCUACCACUUCCCAGCAAUCUGACAGGAAGUCCAGGAUCCAGAUGCACAAGGCAGGGUGAAAGCAGGGGUCUCUGAGCUCCUUCAAUCAUGGAGCACUGGAGCACAGAAAGUCCUUUCAGCCUGUGUAGUCCGUGCCAAACUGUUAUUCUGCCUGUCCAAUUGAGCUGCACCUGGACCAUAGUUCUCCAGUCAUUUACCUAUCCAAAUUUCCUUUAAAUGCCCCCAUAUCCUCUGGCAGCUCAAUCAAAAUUGCAUAUUCAAUAAAAAUGUCUCAUUUUAUAAUUAAACAUUUUUUUCUGAAAUAGUAUAAUACAGCACCAGAACAGACCCUUCAGCCCACGUGUCAAUCCAAACUAAACUCAUUUGCCUGCAAUGGGUCUCAUAUUCCUUCCAUGUCCUGCCUGUUCAUGUAUGUCUAAAUGCAUUAACUAUUGUGUCUGCCUCCAUCAUCUACCACUCUGUUAAGAUUUACAAGGCUCUUUUUAAACUUUUCCCCCAGGGUGGAAAUGUCAAAUACUAGAAAUGGAAGGGAGAAGGCUACCUAUGCUUGUUAGUUUUAUAUACUUGUAUUGUUACCCCUUAGCCAUUGAUAUUCCAGUAAAAUAAGGAUUAUUGAAGCAUUUUGAGCCAACUAUUUCAAGCAACGUACAAAUGAUUACUCAUUGGUAAGUUUCAUUUAUCACUAUAUGGAAUCAAAAUUAUUUGUGUUGGCCUAGAUUUGCAGUAUCACCAAUCAAACACCAAUGAAAAUCUAUAUUUUCAUUUAUAUUUAUCAUUAUUAUUGUUAUGAGCAGAGAGACAACAUCUGCCGGAAGUAAAUUCCUUGUAUGUGCACAGGUACUUGGCGAUUAAAGUCUGAUUCUGAUUCUGAUGAAUAUUAUGCGAAUAGUGGAGAACCUCAAAAGAAUAUCCCUUUAGAACAGAGAUGAGGAGGAAUUUCUUUAGUCAGAGGGCAGCAAAUCUGGAAUCCAUUGCCAGGUGUCUCUGGAGGCCAAGUCAUCAGGUAAAAUUAAUACAGUGGUUGAUGGGUUCAUCAUUAGUAAGGGAGUCAAAGGAAAAUAUUAGGGAGUCGGGGAAGGGCAGGAAAAUAGGGUUGAGAGGAAAAAUAGAUCAAUUUAAAUUGACUCAAUUUAAAAUUAUGUGGUAUUAAAAUAAAAUUGCAUUGUUUUGCUCAUUUUUUAGUUUGGCCACAAAAUAUAUAAUUUAUAUUCACUGAUGAUCUGAAAAGCAGCACUGAACCAAAGUAACACAAGAAAGAUGGCAGAUGCUGGAAAUUUGGAACAACACACAAAAAAUACUGCCAGAACUCAGCAGGCCAGGUAGCAUCUGAACCAAAGCAGAUAAAGAAUUAAACCAUUUUGACUGACUAGCUAAUAAAAUAGCCAUUUAAAAAGGUCAGCAUGUUCUUCAUCAAAUCAGCAUAUUUUUCCAUGUUUAGCUUCAAAUUCAGUCAUCUGUUUUUAAUUUCUCCUUGUGUAUUAUAUAUCUGGAAAUCUACCUAUUCAGUAUGCUACCAUUAGCACUUUUGCAAAGUGGAAAAAAAUCUCUCCAACUCGCAUGGAUACACUAAAAAAAAACCUUGUAUCUCAUGCUUGGUCACACCAAGUCUAACAAAGAUUUUUUUGUAAAAUACAGUGCUAGGACUUUAAUAGUCAAGUUUGUCAAGCUGUCUGUAAGUCAAACUAUUAAAAUCAUCAAAUUAAAAUCAUUGAAGAGAGUUUUAUAUUACAGUCCCAUUUGACUGGUCUAAUCUCAGCACACUCCACUUACUGAUAUGCUACUGGUGACAAGUAAUUGUUCAGUCAUCAUUUUUAUUGACCAAGAUUUUCCUGAGAAAUACCUAUGGUUCCAUAUAAUUGCCAGUAUCACACUAUUCAAUUCAAAUCUAACAGCACUUAGUGAUUCUCCGUGUGCUCUGUUGCUGGGAAGCAUAAAAUUCUUACACUCUCAACAGUUCCGUGGAAAUUGUGGCAUCUGCUAUUGAAGCUGCACUAGGUUAGACUACAAACACUUCACUGAAUUCAUUCAUUUCAAAGGAGAGGCAAGCCUCAAUUAUAAUUGACUCAAUUUAAAAAUACCAGGAAAGAGAACAACUAAACUUUAAUGUAAAAAGUAAUUUCACUCAUUGGGAUUCCAAUUGCAUUGCUUCCUUUUAAAAGUUGCCUGUUUCUGUUUCCCUCAUUCCCCAGAGUUCGAUGGAAAAUUUAUUCAACUAUCUUUACAACUUAAGUGGUGGACUUCAGCUUGUCCAGCAGAAGUCGCCCAUGUUUGCCAGGUUAAGAGAAUUGUACUACUUAGUCUGAAAAGACCACAUCUCUCCUCCAAAAACUUUUAAGCUUUGAAAACUCAGUAAUAGACACAAGUGCUGUAACACAUUUAUACCAUGGCCAACACGCAAAACUAUUCCACCUUAUUUCAACUAGAGAGAUUUUUGGUAACAGUUUAGGUUACAAAGUGUGUUAGUUUCCUCGAGUGAUAGAGAACUUGUCUUUUCAAGAUGUAAAGAGGAUUUGGUAAUGUCUUUGGGUUUCUAAUAUAUAUGAAUGUGACAAAUUGAAAACACCCGCCUUUCAAUUUUAUCAACAUUUAAUGACAUUGUGAAUACAGCAGUGAGCUAACAAAAACAAAAAGCUGGCAUAACAUACAAAAUCAAUUCACCCAACAAGUUAUUUUCACUAUUCCAAUGAGGACUUUAAAAUUACAAAACCUUAAAGAAUGGGAGCACCACUUAUUUGAACAACUGUUCUGUUGUAUCAAGACAUAUUUUACAUUGAUAUUGACUAAGUGUAGUAUAUCGAAUUUGAUAUUUUCAAUCUAUUUGUAAUAUUUUUCAAAUAAAUUGGACCAAAUGUAUAGCUACAUACAGUGACUGGACAAAAUACAAAAUAAAGUUUGAUGAAAGAGCCUUUAUAUGAAAAAAAUGCAUCAUCCUCAAUUUUGUGCACUCAGGCAAAGAAAGAAGAAAAUGUAAGUUUAGUCACCACAAAAAUUACCUAAAAUAUCAACUUCUUCAUUGUAUAAGGCAGUCUUUAUGAUCCAUACAAAGACUCAUUUGGGCUUUCCAGCAAUGGGAAGUAAAUUAAAAUGGGUGAUAUUCUAUAAAUUUUAGUAAUUAUCAAAAUUCAUAGUAUAUUAGGGGUUGGGGCGAUGGGGAAAUGAGGGAUGGGGUAAGGGAAAGAAAGGCUUUAAGUGUUUCAAUAUUAAACCACCAGCUGCUUAAAAGUGCAUAUCCAUGUUACAAUCUUUGAAUUAGAUGAUACAUUCCUUGUUGAUCAAAGAAAUGUUUUGUCUUCACAGUGAAAAUUAAACAGCCUUUUGUGUUUCAUAUUAUGAUGCUUGAAACUUCAUUUUCCAUUUUAUGCUUUUGAAAAAGGAUGACAGUAAAGUUACUGUUACUGGUCAAUGAUACAAGGAUAUUGUCAUUCGAAAAAUAUUAUAACUCGGCAAUUCAGGCAUUUUCUCUCACCAUUUUUUGAAUUAAAUGCUCCUAUAAAGUGCAAUGCAGAUUUUUACUGCAUCUAGAUGGAUAAAUAUCUAAUAUUUGUAACUGAUCAAUAAGUGAAAAGCAGUGUGUGUGUGUUGAAUGCCAAAUGUGUAAAGGUUCUCUUGAACACAAGUUGAGGGAUUUCCAAGGCAGUAAUAUCCAAAAAAAAACAGCUACACCACAGCUUUCAAAACAAGUGCCCGAGAGAUGACAUCCAGACUGGGAUUGCAAUAUUUGAUCCAAUUUCAAGAAUGAGAAAUAUGGUACUUCAACAUGAAUCAAAGUGUAAACUUAGCCGCAACUACAGAAAUAACCAAAGAAUUUUGCAUUUUAGUGGUGUACUAGCCAAUAGUUUGUUGCUUUGAUAAGAUUAUACUAUUUGUAGGUAAUUUCAGAUGAAAAAUUGAGAACUAUACAAAAUAAGCAAUAAAGAUAGUUUAUGUUAAAUCUUACACUUCCAAAACUUUGGCCAUUCCCAAUGGCAGAUGGUAUUGUAUUUCUAUCACUUAUCCUUCAAUACACUACACUGUUUAAUGCUGAUAUACAUAUUUAAAAUGUAUCUGUAACUGAAUGAGAAGGUCAACUUCCAAGACAACAGAGUAGAUUGUGUAUUACCGGAAGACUGAAAACUAAGCCAGUAUAGUUAAUCAAUUAUAAUCUAAAGGUGAAUCAAGCAAUAUGUAUCUUUAUAAUAGAUCCAGUCCAAAAAGGUGGGGUGUGGGAGAUGAGGGAUGGGCAAGAGAAAGGCUUUAAAGAUGUUUCAAUGUUAACUGCUUAAAAGCACCUCUAAAUGUAACAAUAGUUCAACCAGAUGAUGCAUUCCUUGUUGAUCACAGCAACAUUUUAACCUCAAAGUGGAAACUAAACAGCCUUUGUUUUAUGUUAUAAAUUCAUGGAACUUCAUUUUCCAUUUUGAUUUUGAAGAAGUGUGAUAACAGUACAUAAGCACUUCAAAAAGGUCAUUAUCAAAGACUUUUAAUAUACUCAAUAUUGUCUAAAUGAACAACUGAAAUAAAAUUAACUUGAAGACAAUACAAUUAAAGUUGUCAUAGCUAAGGGAAGUAGUGGGGUAAGCUUCCUCUACCUAUUAAAUGCUUUCAAUGGUAUACGUCUCAAAUAAUCUCUGACAACCAAGUCCAGCUCUCAACAUUCACAUGGAGCUUAACUAUUGAGCACAGUGGAACCAUUUCAACUGACAGCAGGCGGGUAACUGGCACCUCAAAUCCAGUCACUUCCCUUGCAUAGGGCUUGCCAGCCAUGCUUAGCAGCAAAAGGAAAAGUCUCGAUUUCAAACCUCCGCUGCCUUGUUGCUAUACCCACUCUUGGGGAAGACUUCAGGAUUAAAAUGCCAAGGAAAAAUCUGGAGCUCGAAUCCUUAAGGCAGUCCAAUGCUGAGUGGCAAUGCCCGUGAUGCCACUGAUGCCGAAGUGUAUUGGUCUCUGCCAUUCAUUUGGAAUCAUCAGCUGCACAGAGAGCGGGAGCCUAACAAUAGUUUGUUUUCCUUAUCGUACUGCACUGGCUUGCAUGUCACAUAGACAACCAGAAAGCAACAUUCAUGGUUGGUCUGGGCCAAAGGAGGGCCUCAAGCAAUUAACUUAAUCUUGUUGGUGAACUUGACUGAAGGAAUUAAAUUGGUAUGCGAUCCCAAUAAUCUAAAUUGUUGCAUUUCUGUAGAAUGCCAUUCACAGUCGACAUGAGCAAGUUUAAUUGGAAAAAGACCAAUUUUAAAAAAAAAUACACAUGUAUUUUCCCUUAAUAGCGUAAUCAAUGCUGGACAAAGUUAAAAGAUGCUUUACUAUUUAUAAUUAAAUUACAAUCAAUAAUGUAGCAUCAGUGCCCCACAUCUCGGAUAAAAAUUCACAAGUUUUUGAAUGGACGUGAAUCUGAGAGAAAAAUAUACAAAGCAUAAGUCAAUUGUUAUAGGAAAAGAUGCAGUACAAGGUCUCUAUAUUUUAUUGACUUUUCUGCAUAUGGCUAGAAGGGCAAUAAACAUCUUUGGUAGGAGUUGUCUAAGGCAACAGAAAAAAGCAAACUAAAAAAAAAAUCACCUGUUUUAAAUGCACAAAUUGUUGACAUGAUCAAAAAGCAGCUUUAAUGGCACCAUCAUGGUCCAGUUUACAUUAAUCUUAAUCAAAUGUUUAAUUCAAAGCCAAGCUAGAUUAGUGCAGCUGACCUGCAACACUGCAUUAAAGAACAGAAAAACCGUCAGUACUUAUCUCUUCAUUGAACCGUAGAAAGGGAAAAAAAAACAA